AUUUGAGCCCUGCUUUCCUCGCGGUCAAGCCUUUUGGAGGCAGGCAGUGUAUGGCUUGUAUCAAACUCUAUAUUUAGGAAGAACAACUGUGAGCUAUGACAGGAAUUCUCUUUAACACUUAGCCUUAAACUGAGUUCCCCUUCAGCCCAGAGCCAGGAGCAGCUCUCAGUACUGAGAGAGUCACAGAGCACUCGAGCUAUUUCAGCUACAUGAAAAGCAUCGCAAUUGAGAUCGCAGCUCAGAGGACACCCGGCGUCCCUUCCAUCCUCCAAGGAGCUUUGUAUUCUUGUACCUGGCUGCCUGGGACUUUGCUCAGGCAGUAAACAAAUACAGAGGCAGGGAUAAGACCUCGUGAGUAUGUCAAAACAGCCAGUAUCCAACGUCAGAGCCAUCCAGGCAAACAUCAAUAUUCCAAUGGGAGCCUUUAGGCCUGGAGCUGGGCAACCUCCGAGAAGAAAAGAAUGCACUCCUGAAAUGGAGGAGGGAGCUCCUUCUACCUCGGAUGAGGAAAAGAAGCCAAUUCCUGGAGCAAAGAAACUUCCAGGACCUGCAGUCAACCUAUCGGAGAUCCAGAAUAUUAAAAGUGAACUGAAAUAUGUUCCCAAAGCUGAACAGUAGUUGGAAGACAACAGGCUUGAUGUGAAGAAUUAAGGCAGAAGAGAAUGGACUCAAAUGAAUACAGCUCACUAAAAUUUUUAUAUAUUUGUAUGAAGCUCCCUGAAUUACCUGAGACUCUAGUGGAAAUGAACUGCUUGUACAUUUAUAUCUCUUCCUUCUAGUUGGCUGCAUUUAUCAAUUUAUCUUUAUAUUUGGCACCUCGUAGAGAAAACAAGUCCAUAAGUUCACCAUCUGGAGGGUGUGGCUUUG